AUGCUGGCGGUUGGAUUUACAACAGGAGCGGAUAAUGGGCAUACAUUUAUUGGACCAUUCACUGUGAAGGACGGAAACAAUAGAGAUCUGUUUUUUAAAAUAUACUACACCAAGGAUAAACGUAAUUCACUUUCUUGGUAUAAUGCAAAAGCAUAUUGCGAAGGAGAAAAUGGUUAUUUAGCAAAGCUCGAUUCUUCUCAAGCAAAUGAUGGAAUAAAAAAGGCAUUAGAUGAACAAAUAAUAAGCUUACCUAAUUUAAGUGCGAGCAAAGGUUUUUGGAUUGGAUUAAUUCAAGAUAGAAAUGUAAGACAAAGUAGCAGUUAUUACUGGAUUGAUGAAUUCAAUUUUCAAAGCCUUGAAUGCACAAGAAGCACGCAGUUGUCAUGUAGAAGGGAGGCCACUGCGGGUGGAGAAAAUACCAAUGAAGAAUCUUGCAGAAAGAAUAUGUGUUGUUGGACCGGGACAGAAUGUGUAUUCCCAAAAGGAACACCAAAUAUACGACAAGACAAUUCAUGUGAAGUAGAAGAUAGAUUCAGAGACGCUUGCAAAGGUAACAAUGGCAACCCUACAACAUGCAGAGCAGAUAAAGACUGUUGCUACCGGCGACCAAAUGACAACCAGUAUCCAACAUGUUUCUACAAACAUAGUUUACCAGGUCCACUGGGUUAUACCGACUGGGGCAUAGGUAAAGGAGGUACGGACUCAAAUGAUAGACGCUGUGGGAUUCUAUGGCAAGAUUUUAGUUGGCAAUGGGAUCACCAGAAGUGUCAAAGCAACAAUGGAAACAAUGUAGGAUUCAUCUGCCAAUAUCCUGUCAUGCCUUCCACUAUCUCACCUUCUACAACAAUGGAGCAAACCACAGCAGCGACAACAAUUACAACACAAUCAACGACUACAACCUCUACAACAAUUGAAACAACACAGUCACCAAUGACGACAACCAUAGCAACAACAAUACCAAUACAAAUAGUGGAUACCACAUUAAGUGACACAACAACAAUUGACACAACAGUAGCUGAAACAACAAUAGUCGACACAACAAUGGUUGACACCACAUUGGCUGAGACGACAAUAGUCGAUACAACAAUGGCUGACACCACAUUUGCUGACACGACAAUAGUUGACACGACCAUAGAUGAGUCAACAGAGGAACCAUCUACAACUCCACUUGUGAUUUCAUACAGCACAACAAGACAUUCUGUUUCUACCAGCCAAGAGUUUGAGUUGACCACAGCCCGUGAAAUAGCUGGCACCACUACUACGGACCGAAGUUCUGCUGUUCCUCCAUCAACAACUGUUAGUAUUGCCCCAUCAUCGUCAGUGCUAACAUCAUCAUCUACAGCAUCAUCAACGGCUACAGUAGCAUCAACAACUUCAUUACCAUCAUCAUCAACAGCUGCAGCAGAAUCAUCAACAUCAGCUACACAAAUGUCUUCUACAAUAGAUUUAGCAUCAAUUAAAAGGGAAAGAGAGGAAUCUGAUAGAGCUGGUAAAAUUGAAAAGCAGGCAAAUGCAAUAGACUUUUUAUUUGAGUCUAUAUGUUAUAAUUGA